AGCAAAAUGUAAAUUAAACAAUGACUCAUGUUAUAUAGUUCCUCUAACCUCAAACAACCCCUCAAUUAUUUAUUUAAAAUUAUCUGACGUAAUAGUCAGCACGCAAUAAUGCUGCAGUUAGCUAUACUCACCACAAGUGGGCGCCAUUAUCAAAUGCAACUCAUACCAAAAAAAUGACAGCCUCGAUAUUUCAUAUUUUGACCUCACUUCCUGUUUCAAAACAACAGGCUUGGCAUUUUUCGAUGGCAUAAAUCGGUUGCUCUUUGACGCGAGUCUAAAGUGAGCACUGAUGACAUCAUAAUAAUCCAACCAUCGACAUCUUCCGGUCAUUCUCACGACCAGCAGAGCGGCUGGCGGACGGGAUGACGUCACUGUCGGAUCACUGAACUAAAACAAUCCACCCAGUUCGUCUCCUUCUGCUCCGCGCCCGAACAGAACCGCCUCCUCCGCCCACCCCAGACACGCACACAGACGGCGUUGGCGCUCCAUCCCGGCACCACCGGCCAUUUAACACGCAGCUAGAUCUGUCCGGCACCAGGAAACAGCAUGUCCGCUCGGCCCGGCGACGAGCUCGACUCGGAGGGGAAGUGGUUCGGGGAUGUUGGGAACGGGCUGUCUGGAGACACGUCGACCCGGUUCGACGAGGGAUUUAAGGCGAGAGGCGCGGACCUGAUGAUGGGCGACCUGGAUCAGGAAUUUAAUCCGGUUCGGGACGAGGGGAAAAGGAGCCCCGUUGCUAUGGAAACUGCAUCUACAGAUGAUCCCAUGUCCGGACUCUUGAGAAAGGCGGACGACGGGGAGCUGUACACGUCCCUGCUGUCUGGUCAGAACUUCUCCUCUGGCCUGGAGGCCUCGUUCAUGUCGGACAGCAAGAAGCCGUCGUCGGGCUCCUCCGGCAUGGAUACCUUCUUCACUGAGUCCUACAGCUACAGCUCCAGCACCAAGACCGACUUCAACCUGUUGGACGACAUGCCCAAGUCCCUGGUGGGAGCAGACAAGACGGAGUCCUACAACUACAUGGACAUCAGUCACAGCGACGAGCGCAAGGAGCAGCACAAGCUGGUGGAUCCAGGCUUCGCCGGACACGACUCUCAGGGCAGCUACAUUGAUAAAACCCCAGGAAGAGAGGAGGAGGAGGACGACGACGAAGAGGAGGAAGAGGAGAACCUGGGUCCAGCUCUGGGCUCUCACUCCUUCCCCUACGUGGAGGAGCCGUCCGACGAGGAGCUCUCAGACUACCGCUCCUACCGCACCCUGGGUGGAACGCCGCAGACGGCCAGUCCGGUGAAAAUCACCCUCACCGAGUCCCACCCUGCCCCGGCUGCCAAGGCAGAGCCCAGGAAAUCGCCAUCUCCGGUAGGGGGACCUGAGCGCGAGAACGUUCUCAGCGUGGGUCAGCAGGGCGUUCCUACGGUGACGCUGUCCGAGCCGGAGGACGAGAGUCCUGCUUCAACUCCCAACGCUUCACCAACACAUAAGCAGUUUCCCUCCAACGACAUGUUCAAGGUCGACACAGUGAAGCCCGGAGUCCCGAAAACCAGCUCAGGUCACCGAGGUCACGAUGGCAGCAGCGCCGAGUCUGGGGACUCCGACAUCGAGCUGGUGUCCGAGGAGCCCCUCAAGGCCAGCGCUAACCCCUUCACCCAGGCACCCAAGAGCAAGGACGUCUUUGAGAGCCCCCCCGCCAGCAAAGCAGGUUUGGGCAACCACGCCGCGCCUCCGUCCUACAGCAUCCUGAGGGAGGAGAGAGAGGCAGAGCUGGACACCGACCUCUUCAUCGAGUCGGCGUCUGAGGAGAGUCCCAAGAGGGGGCACGAUCUUAAAGAGGGAGCGGGCACUCCGUCUCCACUGGUGCCGAGCUCUGUCACCCCCAGCAGCCCCCCGCCAGCAAAGCCCGUUGAGCCACCCAUCAAGCCCAAGUCCCAGGCCGAGGAGGACCACUUCAGCAAGCCCAAACCUCCCACCGCCGCCGUGACCCCAGAGCUGCGCUCGGACACGCAGCAGCAGGAAGACAAGCACGAGCACGGUGACGUGGUGAAGUGCUCCGUGUCCAAGCUGCUGAUGGGAUUCGACAAGCAAAAGGCUAUUGACCUGCUCUACUGGAGGAACGUGAAGCAGUCGGGUGCAGUCUUCAGCAGCGUGCUGCUGCUGCUCUUCUCCCUGACCCAGUUCAGCGUGGUCAGCGUGGGCGCCUACCUGGCCCUGGCCGCCCUGUCAGCCACCAUCAGCUUCCGCAUCUACAAGUCGGUACUGCAGGCCGUGCAGAAGACCGAUGAGGGACACCCGUUCAAAGCGUACCUGGAGGUGGAACUGGCUCUGUCUCAGGACCAGAUCAGCAAAUAUGCCGACAAGAUCCUGCUCUACACCAACACCUGCAUGAGGGAGCUGCGCCGGCUCUUCCUGGUCCAGGACCUGAUCGACUCCCUGAAGUUUGCCGUUCUGAUGUGGCUGCUGACCUAUGUGGGAGCGCUGUUCAACGGCCUGACACUGCUCAUCCUGGCUGUCAUCUCCAUGUUCACGAUGCCGGUGGUCUAUGAGAAACAUCAGGCACAGAUCGACCAGUACGUGGGAUUAAUACGGGGACACGUCAACGCCGUGGUGGGAAAGAUCCAGGCCAAGAUUCCCGGAGCCAAGAGAAAGGAGGAGUAGACGUCUCACUCUCAGUCCAGUGGGGCUCGGUGGCGGACGGCUUCUCUCCGCCGCCGGGUCCGGUCAUCAUCCGUGUCCUCCCGUGACGCUGGAGAAGCCUUCACCCUGUCGAUAGCAGUCUUAACACACACACAUACACACAUCAUUAACGGCUAGUUCACAAGACAAAAAAAAAACCUCUUUAUAUUUGCGUUGCUUAAGUGCAUGAAGUCGAGCCUUGGGUAAAUACUGUCUGAUAUCUUUUGUGCGGUUUAUAAACUCACGCGAUAUUUGGUUUUGCUCUGCAGUGCUUUAACACUGGCACAAGAAGACACGCUCUGGUGUGGAACUGCUUCAUGUUUACAGACGGGGCUUUUCUCAGUGUAUGUGCAUAUAUAGAUAUAUAUAUAUAUAUAUACAUAUAUACAUAUAAAUACAACCAUGGUUUCCUUCAGUGUCGCCCAGCACAACAUGAUUUAACAAAUAUGCGUCUUAGAUGUGGAAACUGUAGGGUCCUUGCUUUUGUAUAAGACACAUACACACACACGUUUAGGUACCGUUGUACAACGACUAUGAUGACAAGACAAUUACGCUUGUUUGAAUAACUGUUCAACUUUGUACGAUGUUCGACUCCGUAGUUCUCUAGACCCUGGACGAUUUGCACUUGUAUUUAAUUUCAACAAGAAGACGAAAUAAAUGUACCUUGAUGUAAACGUC